UGGCAAAGUCAAAAAAAGGUGACAGGGAGGAGGACGGACGCCCUGCAGGAGCUGCAGCCGCGGACGUGCGCGCACCGCUGGAGGCAGUCGAGCUGCAGACCCGGGUCUGGUUUGGAGAAACUCUGGCUGAUGUUAGCGGCAGAGCGAGAAGAGAGAAGUGGGUGGGUGGGUGGGCACGACAUGUGAGCCAAGUGUGCACAGAUAAGACAAACACCAAAAGGAUGUCUGCGACAUGGGCGGCUCGAUGCUCUCAGAGACUUGACACAGGUGAAUGAGAGCAGCUGCAGAUCUUUGGGGGUUUCUGUUUUCCCUCCCCUCUCCACAGGGAGAGGACACCGACACGGCGCCGCAGCUCCCCGAGCCUGCUCCAGUCUGGCAGGAGAGGGACUCUUCGACGAGACGUUACCGCGCAGACUAACGUGACGACUUUACUGAGACACACGGGAGAGGACACAAUGUCAAAGGAGACGAGAGGAAAAGGAUCAUCACGUAAGCACAGCGCCUCUCAUUGGUGUCUGCAGAAUAUUGCACAAGAAUCAGUUGACAGCUCCGAUGACGAGUUCUUUGAUGCCAGAGCAGAUGUUAUGGAGGGGAAGAGCGCCAUUCUGCUGGGCAUGAGUCAGUGGAACUCAAAUGACCUGGUGGAGCAGAUUGAAACUCUGGGACACAUGGAGGACCAGUCACAUGACGGUCUCUACCAGCUGGGGGGUCCACGCUGCCCCCCUCAGAGCAGCAUUGAAGGACUUGAGGACAUAGAGAGGAAAUGUAAGACGCAUGUGCUGCUGCUAGUGGUGCAUGGGGGAAACAUCUUGGACACAGCAGGCGGAGACCCCAGUACAAAGGCUGGCGAUGUGGCCACCCUGACGUCAGUGCUGGAUAAGGUGACGUGGGCGCAUUUCAAGGCCGCUGCUGAACAUGUGAAGAUCCAGCUGGUGCCAUGUCCGGCCGUGUGCGCUGAAGCCUUCUCCCUGUUGUCCAAUCUGAACCCAUACAGCUAUGACGAGAGCUGUGUGUCCAGUAGCGUGGACCACCUGCCCCUGGCUGCCCUCCCGCUCCUCGCUAUCGUCUCACCUCGCUACCAGGAUGCCGUUGCCACGGUGAUUGCCCAAUCCAACCAGGUCUACCACAGCUUCCUGCAGUCAGAGGACGGCCAGGGAUUCACGGGUCAGGUAUGCCUGAUGGGCGACUGUGUUGGAGGUGUGCUGUGCUUUGAUGCUUUGUGCUUCAGCAACCACCACAGGCCUGGCAGCCCCAACAACAGCAGCAGAAACAACAGCACUGAGAGCCUCAAGGAUAACUCGGGCCUACUCGGGGAGUCCAGCCCGGGUCUGAGUUCUAGCAAGAGGCUCAGCAAGAGCAACAUCGAUAUCUCUGCCCCCAACGAAGGGAACGGUCAGUGCGGGCCGCCGCUCAGCCGUAAGCAGAGCGACUCGUAUGACGGAGACACCUCGUCCACGGGCCAGCACAGCUUUUUUUCCAGUUUGAUGAAGGACAGUGUGGAGGUGCGUGGAGGCAGUAGCACCAGUCUGAUGUUGAAUCCCGGUCGAUUCGACUUUGAAGUGUCAGACUGCUUCCUGCUGGGCUGUCCGCUGGGCCUUGUGCUGGCCAUGAGACGCACUGUGCUGCCUGCUGUCCAGGUGAGUCAGCUGCAUCCAGCCUGCUCUCAGAUUUUCAACCUGUUUUACCCUUCGGACCCUUCAGCCUCCAGACUGGAGCCGCUGCUGCAGCCUCUCUUCCACAAGUUGCCACCAUAUGCUGUGCCGCGCUAUCAGCGAUACCCUCUAGGAGAUGGACGCUCUCUGCUAAUAGCGGAGAGUAUCCAAGGCCAUUCAAAUGUGUUUUUGGAAGGUGAGCAGUCUCCUAAAGGUCCAGCUUCACAGACGUCCUCUGAGACAAAGAGUGAAGGAGGAGGAGGAGGAGGAGAAGAGGGAGGUCGUAGAGCCAGCGUGACCAGUGUGGAAAGUGAAAUGUCGAUUUGCUCCAUGGGCCAGCUGGGAAACACUAUCGCGAACAUUUCCGGUAGCUGGUGGGGCUCCAAAAGGCUGGAUUAUGCUUUGUACUGCCCUGAUGUGCUGACUGCCUUCCCAACAGUGGCUCUGCCUCACCUUUUCCAUGCAUCCUACUGGGAGUCCACUGAUGUAGCAGCCUUUGUUCUCCGGCAGCUCAUGCGAUGCGACUGUGUGAAGACCCAGGAAGCGGACAAGUUGGGCUCUGCUCCGUUCUCUCCCUCCAGCCCACGAGAAAAAUGGCUCAGACGCAGGACACAUGUCAAACUAAGGAAUGUCACUGCUAACCACAGGGUGAAUGAUGUCAUUGCCACUGAGGAUGGGCCUCAAACUCUGGUUGGUCGCUUCAUGUACGGUCCCUUGGACAUGGUCACCCUGACUGGAGAAAAGGUGGACGUCCUACUAAUGACACAACCUCAGUCUGGACGCUGGGUGCACUUUGACACGGAGGUGACCAACAGCAGCGGCAGAGUGGCAUAUACCAUACCCAAGAGCAAGAAGCUCAGCCUGGGAGUCUAUCCAAUUAAAAUGGUGGUCAAGGGCGAUCAAACUAGUGCAGAGGCCUACCUGACUGUGUUGCCACGGAGCAUGGAGUGUGUGGUCUUCAGCAUCGAUGGCUCUUUUGCUGCUAGUGUGUCAAUCAUGGGCAGUGACCCCAAGGUUCGCCCCGGAGCUGUUGAUGUCGUCAGGCAUUGGCAGGACCUGGGAUAUCUGAUCAUCUACAUCACAGGCCGCCCUGAUAUGCAGAAGCAGCGUGUGGUGUCCUGGCUCUCGCAGCACAAUUUUCCCCAUGGGAUGAUCUUUUUUUCUGAAGGCUUGGUUCAUGAUCCCCUGCGACAAAAGACCAUCUUCCUCAGGAACCUCAUACAGGAGUGUCACAUUAAGAUCAACUCUGCUUAUGGCUCCAUGAAGGACAUCUCUGUUUACAACAUGCUCGGCCUCUGCCCCCCACAGAUCUAUAUUGUUGGCAGACCUUCGAAGAAGUACCAAAAUCAGUGCCAGUUCCUGAGCGAGGGCUAUGCAGCGCACCUCUCCACCCUUCAGUUUGGGCACAGAGCCAGACCCAAGAAAUCCCCUUCAGUUCGUAUGGUCCUAAGGAAGGGCUCAUUUGGUCUCUCAGCGAAGCCUGACUUCUUGUGUAAGCGCACCCACCUGCGCAGGACCAUGUCAGUGCAACAGCCUGACCCGCCGUGCACACCCAACCCAAAGCCUGAGCGAGCCCAGAGCCAGCCGGAGUCAGAUAAGGACCACGGGGGAGGAGGCGGACAAGGCCCAUGGGGACGGCCCUCCAUACUUCGUGGAGACACCACUCCCUGACAUCCAAAAAGAGAUGGAAGGAUUGUAGGAGGAUAGAAGAGGAGAACAAAGCGGUCAUAGUGUCCAGGGCCAAUUGUCAUCUCUACCUACUGUACAUGUACAUUGGAUCCUCUGCUGCUAUCCCUUGCAGCUCAGCUUUACCUCCUGCUUGGCCCUCCACACUUUGCCACCUGUUCGGCUCUUCUUUUUUUUUUUUGACCCGCUCGGCGGAUUACGUCACUUAGUCUUUGUGCCUGAAACUUUAAACAGUUGCCGAGGGAUGGCAAUGAUUUUUGCAAAUGUCUGUGUCGAGCUAAAAUUGUGCCCAAUUGUAAAAUCAAAAGAAUGUACUUGAGAUAAUCGAUAUACACGCAUAUUCAUGCACACACAAACACUUCAGAGGAUGACAAAUGGGACGACAGAGGGAACCUGUUGAGACUUUGGCAACAGAUUAGCAGACUGCUGUGCUGACAGGUGGCCAUGUUGACUGACUCCUGCACUAACCAUCCACACAUGUAAAUAGUCGACACUCAUCAUCUCUGUGUGGACCUUUGGACACAGAAGCACUGUGACAUUUAGGUUCAAUCUGUACACGAGCUCUGCGAUCUGAAGCCCCAAUAAGCUGACCUCGCCGAACACCGGCCUCUGCCUGCAUUCCCCUUCCACUGAUAGAUGUCUCCCUCACGUUGUGGCUGGCUUACUACCCCUUCCGUCCCCUCAACCAGUCUGGCAGAACAGGCCUUCCGAAAGCCGCCUCAGACCGGGUCAGCUCACGCACGGCUCGGGCCCCUGAGGUCGCAUUUGCACUAUCGAAGUACACCACAGUGUUUCUCAAUUUAGCUGCAGUACUCACUUCAGAAACAAAGAGUUGUAUUUGUACUUUAUUGUAUUUGUAGUUCUAGUUUUCCCUGCACAUUGUGCACUGUUGCUGCCUGUUGGUUACUGUAACUAAUAUAAGUUUUAAACAGAAAUAGUUUGUAGGAAAGUGUUGGUUUGACCAAAAAAUGUUUACAGAUUGAUAGACAGAUGUAAAAAGUGAUCAGAACUUCUAUGUGCUUAAAAUGACAAUGUCAUUAUCAUCAUUGACAGCAUUAGUUUAGUUUCUUGGUAGCAGUUGCAGUAGCUUGCAGAAUAUUGUACUAUACACCCCAUGCCAGUUGAAAUUCCACCGGGAUGCCCUUGCAUCCAUUUACUACAGCUGCACUGGAACCAAUAGAUUUGUGUUGAAAUCUGAUGCUGUCUUGUGCACUCUGGGUUGAAUUGAGUCUUACUGUGGCCAUGUUUCAAAACUCUCUAAGUCAAACAUAUUUUUCUAUGAGGAAAUAUUGUAAAUAGAAAUAUUUUCAAUGUAUGUUUUUGAACCUUUUGUUGUUGGACUUGUUGAAAGGUUGAUUUUUGCCUUAAAUUGUAUUUGAUGUUAUGUAGACAUGCAAACUUAUCUGAUUUGUUUGACCAAAUUAUUGAGUUUUACUGUUACAACAUGACAAAGUGCAUUUUAUUUAAUUGGUAUUUUGCUUUGACAUGUUUUAGAUACUGUAUAUAUGUAUGUGCGUGUGUGAGUGAGUGUCUAGGUUUAUUUGUUGUAGAGUUGUAUUUAUUGUGAACAUGAAGACAACUAUGACAAGUAUAUGCCUCUGCAGAGGAAUCAGAGGACACAGGGAGGCCAGUGUUGGCAUACAGCAUGUUCUCACUGCAGCUCACUACUGCCGGCUUUUCACAACUGAGUGUGUAUUUUAUAGGUUUGGAUUGAAGCAGUGUGUGAGCGGAUUACUUAGACGAGGUUUUUAUACCUGCUAUGAAAGAAAAAGGGCUUAAGAGUUCUAAGGGGCUCUUGGUUUAACUGAAAACCUGCAAAGCUGAGUGGAACGUGCCAGUCAGAAUGGAGCUCUUGUUUUUCUUUCACCGCCUGUACACCAUAGGUGCUUCAGUAAUUAGCUAUUUCAUUACUAUUAAGUAUGUAUGACUCCCUGUAGUACCGCCCCUGUAAUUGCAGUGCACCGAUUAGCAUUAUUGGUAAUUGUAUAAUGUUGUAGAAACAAUACUGAAAUACUUAACUCCAUUUCAUUUUGCAUUUAAAAUGGUAAUAUUGAAACAUUGUUAUCCAAGCAAUGAAAUGAUCAUUCCCAUCCAUGUGUACACGAUAAUCAAAGUGAGUUUAUAAGUCUGUAUUACACAUAGUGAUAUUUUCCUUCCAUGAUGAUACACUGGAGGAGUGAAGUAUUUAUGCUAGGCAGCAUUUUUUACAACAAUGUUAGUAAAUGGCAAAUAACGAUCUAAUGGUUAAAUGUUGAUUGUUCUGUGCAUGUUAAUUAUUUGAUAUUGUUCAUUAAUGGCUAUCGAUUGUCAUAUGUCAUUGUGGUACAUUUAACUAAUAAUAGAGUUAUUAUUUCUAAAUAAGAGGUGAAUAAUAACUCCUGGACAUAAAUUCAACCACCACAUGUUAAGGCAAUUGCAAAUAAGUUCUUACAUUUCUUAAAAAGAGUUUUUAAUGGUAAGUAAUACUGAAGUGAGGCAGGGCUUUGUUACCUCUUACUGUUACCAUAGAGGUGUACUCAUUUACAAUGGAAACUGACAAAUCAUACAAAUUCCAGUUUUUCCUUUUUUUUUUUACAGUAAAUAAUAAAGUCAAUUAAUUCUGAUAUCACAGAAAAAAGAAGAGAACAGGAUAUACAAUGUAAAAAUAUAUAUACUGUAUAUUUAUCGAGAGCUUUAAAAGUUUGUCACAAUUAUUGUCUUCAAUGAAAUAUGAUGACCUCUCACUAAUGUUGUCAAAUGAUUACUAUUCACCAAAUCAGGACUUAACUAUUGGGUAUUGACCUAAUUUGCCAUUUAUUAACAAUUCUUCUGACAUAUAGAGUAAGAUUUAGUAAGUUAACUAACAUUGUGUUACAGCUUCUUUUGAAAAAAGAUUUUAUUUAUUUAUUUUUGUGGUCUUAUUUUGGUCUUUUGAGUUUUUGACACUGGCCUUUUGAAGACAAAGCACCUGAUUUCACUGCUACAAAGUGUAUUAUUUUGUACAGAUCUCCUGUGAUGAUGAAAAUGUUAUUGUGUUUAUUGGACUCAGUCAAUCUAUCAUUAUUGCAUAAAUAAAGAUAUUUCACAGAUGAAGAAUUUA